AUGGGUUCCUUGGACAGCUGGGUACCAAUUCAUAGUACAACACUUCGAGAAAGAGGCCAUCCUGAUGGCGAUGGCGGUGAAGGCGAUUCUGCGGGUGGUCCACACCCAGCUCGAAACAUAGCCGGGGCGUGGCCAACAUUGGUCAUCGAGGCAGGAGUAACGGAAUCGAUGGCGCAACUACGACUAGAUAUGCAGUGGUGGUUCCGAGCCUCCGAUCAUCAAGUCAAAAUUGUUAUCAUCAUCAAAUUGAAUCGCGAUAACAACCAAAUCAUUCUUGAGAAAUAUCAAGAGACUCCUACAUCUGCUCGACUAGGAGCGACGACGACCCGAGCUUCAAUAGUGCAAACGAACGGUGUGUUGCCAGAACCGCAACAAAGGAUUAACAUCACUCGAAAUGUCGGAACGCCCCCAUCGUAUCAUGUCGCUAGGGGCGCGUUAAUUCUCAGCUUCCGGCUUCUAUUCUUAAGAGAUCCGGGCCCGGACGAGGGAGAUAUCGUGUUGGGUGUUCCGGAACUACAAAUAUACGCAGCAAGGGUCUGGGCAAUACUCGGAGAAUAA